AUGGCUGCUAGUACCGCUGUUCGUCCGAGUGCUUUGAUAAGUCAACCACGUUUUCGAGACUCGCAUCAAGACCGACCGUUUGCGUGUCCCGUCCCACUCUGUGGUGGUCGAUUUCAUCGCAAGUUUACACUGCAUGAGCACAUGAAAACUCACACGGGAGAACAACCACAUCAAUGUCCUAUUGGCUCCUGUGGCAAACGAUUUAGUACGUCCGGCAAUUUGGCGCGUCACAAACGUCUCCACUCGUUGCACAAAAUGGAGUGUCCAGCACCUGGCUGUACUCGUAUCUUUACAAGCAAGGAUAUGCUCACAAAACAUCAGAAGGUCCAUAAUGGAAAUUGUGUCCACACGUGUGUUAUUGACGAAUGUGGUAAAACGUUUAGUACGGCGGGGAACCUUACAAGGCAUAUGAAGACCCAACAUCGAUCCGUGCACGUUCCAGCAACUUCACGCUCCUCGUUGCAAGCGAAGAAUCGUUUAAAGGUUGUGUCUCCUACUGAUGCAUCGCACGUACCAUGCGAAAAGCUUCCACUAUUCUUCUUUGACACAAUGGUCUUAUCACCUAUUGAAGAACAUUUGCACCAAUAUUCGUUUCCAAAUCCCACCACAGCUCUAACGGAUCAAGAGCUCAAAGAUCUUCUUGAGUGUUUGUUUUAA